AUGUGGUCGACAGCAGCAGCAGCGGGUGCGCUACUGUUGCUUAAUCUGCUUCAAUUAGGAGCGUCUGUGGUUGGCAGCGAUUUGCAGCACGUGAGCUUAGAGGAGCUGCAGCAGUUCAAGCAAUGCGUGCGUGGCGCCCAACGACCCAAGCUGGGCGAGUGCCUGGGCCGUUCGGCACUAAACUUCAUACAGCGCUUCGAUGAGCGUGAGAAUGUGAGUUUCGUGCAGGACUUUGUGGCAGUGAAGCGCGAGACGGCAGCGGGGCGUUCGUUGCUCAAUGUGCUGGACACAGAUCCGGUGGAUUUUCGUGGCAUUCUAGAGAAUGCGGGCGCUGUCAUGGGCCAGCGCAGCUUAGAGUGGCACAUGGACGCGCUUUAUCCGGGCUUAAUGUUCAAAAUUGGACCCACAGCAGAUGCAAAUAGUGUGGCGGAGUUUGUGCUGGACGAGGGUGCGCAGGAUGUGCGACAGUUUGGCUAUGAGGAUGUCAGUACAGGUCGCGUGCUUGCCAAGCAGUAUCUGCUGCCAUUUUUGCUGGGACUUAAGUUCAAUCUGGUGGCCUUGGUGCCGCUGCUGUUUGCUGGCAUUUGUUUGCUGCUGAAAAAGUCGCUAUUUUUAGCCAAGCUGGCUGUGUAUGUGAGCAGCUUUCUGGGCUUGGGUGGCGUGCUGGGCUCACUGGGCAGCUUUGGCGUCGGCGGGGGUUUGGCUGGCUUUAAUGUGGGUGCGGGUUUGGGUGGCUUUGGCCUGCAGCGACCGCUUGGGCAUUUCCCGGGCAAGACGACAGUGUUUGGCCAAAGCGAUGAGCUGCAUCAUCAGUAUCAUGUGCAGGAGCCGCCGCCAUACAAGCGAAACGAUCGCAAGCUGCAGUUUGAGGCGCCACGGCAUGUGGCAUCCAACAACAAGCCACGCGCUGUGGACAAUUUCUAUGAGUUCGACAAGGUUAGGCAUACGAAUGCGUUGGAGAAGCGAAGCAACUUCCAGGACUCCACGUCGUCUGCUGGCAUGAACGGCUGGCAGGUCGUGGAUUGUCUGAGCGGUGAGGCGGAACGCUGGCUAGAUGCUGCAGCGCUGGACAAGAGCAGCUGGCAGCUGAGCGAGUACAUGAGCUUGGAGCCGGAGUUGGAGACGGAAAAUCAGACAGCGGCGGGCAAGAGCGCACGCAGUGGUUCAGGAUUAACGGAGAAGCUGCUGCAGUUGGCGCAGGGACGCGCGUUGCGGCUGCGACUGCCACGGCAGCUGACCAUAUCCAAUGCCAUUGAUGAGCUGGAGGUGGAUCAAGGUCGCAAGAAGAAGGACAAAGAUAAGAACAUGGCCAUGAUGGGCGGCAUGAUCAUGAUGGCGACCUUUGCGCAAAUGUUCCUCGGCAAGGUCAUACUCAUAGCCGGUUCCGCCUUCAUUAUGGCCAAAAUAGCGCUGGCCAUUUCGCUGCUGGGCAGUCUAAAAAAGGGAUCGGCUGGCAGUGGUAGUGGGAGUAGUCCCGAGCAUGUGAUUGUCGCCAGCGGCGGGCACAGCCACGAGAGCGGCUGGCAUCGCAGCAUGCCCAGCCAGCAGUGGCAAACAACCACCGCAGAGCCUGAGCAGGAUCAGGAUCAAGCCUAUUAUGCCUAUGAAGCCACUGAGAUGCAACGCCGCCGAGCAGCAAUUGGCGCUGUUUAG